CACUAUUCCUGAAUUAAACCUCCUUACAGCUGACACAAUCUGAACCAUGAGUGAGAUAGAGUUUAUUUACGGCUUUAUUACCGCUGCACACUCCGCUUCUUCUGCUAGCUUUAGAGUGCGUGAAAGCUAGCGGAGAAUGCAUUGUUUAUUAGCAUGAUGCUAACCUCACUGUGUGCAGUUUGAGUUCAAACAUCAGCAGGAUCUGAAGAUGUCUCCGGCAGCGGACCGGUCCUCCCCCCUCAGGACCCUGCACUCAGACUCCCACCAGCAAAGCAUCCUGGGUAAACUGAGUGCCCUGAGGCAGCAGGACAUCCUGUGUGACGUCACUCUGCAGGUCCAGGACGAGACGUUCAGGGCCCACCGAGCGCUGCUGGCGGCGAGCAGCGACCACUUCCUGUGUCUGUUCACCGCGCAGCCUCAGAGCUGCUAUCGGCUGCAGGACGUUUCUGCAGAGACGCUCGCCGCCGUGCUCCACUUCAUCUACAGCGCCCAGGUGUGUGUGCAGCGGGACACCCAGGUGUGUGUGCAGGAAGAUGUCACGCAGCAGCUGCUUGCCGCUGCUAAACUCCUGCAGGUCAGCGAACUCAUCACAGCGCUCUCUGAACACAGACGCUCUGCAGAGGAGCUGAAGGAGGUCCAGCCAGAGCUGCAGGAGGUGGGCGUUCCCAAAGUGCAGGAAGUGUCCAAACGAAAGAGAGGACGCCCGAGGAAGAGGGAUCAGAGGGAAGGUUCAGAGGCUGCAGAGGUUCUCCCUGACGAUACAGAAUCAGAUGUUCUCCAUGGUGACGCAGAAUCAGAGUCUAAAGGCGAUGCAGAUUAUAACCCAGCGUCUGUGCUGCAGAGCCGGCAGAGCAAGCGUAAGAUCCGUCCCCCGGUGAAGUACAAGAGCUACAGAGUGAGCGGAGAGGAAACGGGAAGUAGAGAGCCGGGGAAGAAGGGCAGGAAGAGGAAGUACCCUGCCACCGAGGCGCGCUGCGAGGACUGUGGGAAGGUGUUCAAAAACCACCUGUUCCUCAAGAUCCACCAGAGGACGCACACAGGAGAGAAGCCGUUCCCCUGCCUGGUUUGUGGGAAGGCGUUUACCCAGAAGCACACGCUGCUGGUGCACCAGCGCAUGCACAGCGGAGAGAAACCGUUCGUCUGCAACGUGUGCAGCAAGUCUCUGAGCACCAAACACGCCCUGCAGGAGCACAUGCACCUCCACCAAGGAGGCAAGCCGUUCAGCUGUGAUAAAUGUGGGAAGUCGUUUACUCAGAAGCGGCAGCUGAAGAGUCAUCAGAGAGUCCACACAGGCAAGUCUCUGCCAGAGUGCGCUCAGUGCCAUCACAAGUUCCUGGACACGGCUCAGCUGAAGAAGCACCUGAGAACCCACACAGGUGAGAAGCCAUUCACCUGUGAGAUCUGUGGGAAGUGUUUCACAGCCAAGAGCACGCUGCAGACCCACAUCCGGAUCCACCGGGAGGAGAAGCCGUACUCCUGCUCCCUCUGCAGCCGCUCCUUCUCAGACCCCAGCGCCCGCCGCAGACACCAGGCCUCGCACUCCGGCAGGAAGCCCUUCAGCUGCUCCUCCUGCAAUCUUUCCUUCACCCGCCUGGACAACCUGAAGACCCACAGCAAGGCCCACAGCAAGGAGUGUCCCCAGCCCCCCUCAGACCCCCCCACGGACACCCAGCAGCAGGAGCGCGGCGUCCUGCAGCAGUACCAGCUCCCCCCCAGCUCCCAGCAGCAGAUCCAGUUGGUGGUGACGGACGACCUGAACUUCGUGCCGGGUCAGAACCAGGAGAUCAGCAUCAUCACCACGGAGGGGGGGGGGCGGGGCGGCGGGGCAGCAGGGGCGGCAGGCUCCCCCUCCAGCAGACUCACACUCCUCCCCCCGGGGAGCGUGGCCCUGGUGGAGCCUCAUCACCUGCUGGAGGCCCCAGGUGAGGGGGUGCAUGUCAUCACGCUGAGCAAAGAGGCCCUGGAUCAGCUGCAAGGCCACCACGGGCCCCCCCUCACACAGCCCAUCUCCAUCAGCCAGACCAGCGAGCAGAUCCCCCCCCACCACAUCCAGGGACAGACAUUUCAGAUCCAGGCCGGGACCCUCUCCUACCUGUACCCCACCAACAGCUGACCCCCAGAGACUCCUCUGAAGUGGGGGGGGCUCUCACUCCAAGCUCUCUGAAGGUUUCCUCCAAAAAUGAUAUCCUAUUCUGCCCGGCAACACACUCCCUAUCAUCGAGUCAUUUCUGUAGACAGCCUCAGCAGCAGGAGCCCCUCUGUGCAGCUCCUGACCUGCUUGUGUUUUAGUUGACUCUAAGGCUUUCCCUUACCCUCUUUGAUGAAAUGUCUGCAUACUAAUUCUGUGGGUUUUUCAGAUGCUGUGCUUCAGUUCCUCAGCAGCAGUGGCCUAGCUAGGCCUCUGCUAGGUACCUUAAAUGUUUUAAAGCCCACCCAAAUGAAGAUUUGAAAUGAAUAAAUAAAAAGGGCCUUCACG